ACCGACUUUUUAACUCCACAGUAUUUGUUACUCGAUCUAUUAUAGAUGUUCUUAUCUUUUAAAUAGCUAAUUCUCCACGGGUAUCUUAGAUGUCUUUAUUCCAAGACGCGCACGCCGGAUUAAGACACAUUGUUUGGGGCACGCUUUUGCUUUGGGACGGAGUAGAGCUGUGAAUAGAGAAAGGAACAAGAGGGCUUAAUCAUGACACAAUAGGCGACGGUAACUCCUCCAUCCGGACGACAGACGGGGUUUAUUCUAAGAGCAAAGAAAACCCCUAAACAGAGGUCCGAUCGUUUAGAUGGUUAAUUUAUUUGGGAUCGCGAAACACACAAUAGAGUUUUUAAUCAGUCCUUUAUGUAUGUUCCGUUUUACAGGCAUUUAAAUAUUGAAGAGAGUCAUUCGGUUGUCAGAGCUCCGUGGGAAGAGGUAGGAGACAAGUCAUUUGGACGUUAGCUGGCAAGUUACAUGCUCUUUGUAAGACAGGCUCUUUCUGGAAAUCAUUUGCUGAUCAACAGAUAUCGGGUCGAGACCACUCUAGACUGUCGUGCCAAUAUCUGGAAGAUGUCACCAGUUGUAAGCAGAAAUCGAAUGCGAACUCGAUCCGUAAGUCGAGGGGAUACAUCAGAUAGUUCGAUGAUGAAAUCACCGUUGAAACAUCAGCACCUAGGACGUCGCCAAUCCCAGGUCGACGAUGAUACCAUUAUGACGCCGAGAGAACUUGCAAGGACGAUAGCUGAAUUCCGAGUAGGGUUAUCAUCAUCUUUAUCAACUUCAACCAAUGAUUCGAAUGACAUGGAGGACUAUAAGAAUACUGAUGCUGAUAACCAGAUGGAUACUCAUCUUGAGAAAGAUGAAAUUGCAUCAGGCUCUGAUCAGUCACUUGUUACUCCACCACCUGUCUUCAAGAGUACAAGCAGCUACGAGCCAUCGAGUGAGAAUCCUCCUAUAAACCACACCCAACCCCCUAAUGCCAUGCCAUACAGCUUCCAAACAACUCAGCCAGAUGACAGUGGGAAUGCAUCUUCAGAAGAACCCACAUCAAGGCCUCCUACAGGAUCACAUCGGAGAGGUUUUACAUCAAGUGAGAAAGAACUCCUCGAAGCUGCCUUCCACAUCUCAGAUAAUCCAGGCACAGCUACCAUGAAACUACUUGUACAUCUCACUGGGCUUGAUACCAAGAAGAUCAGGGGGUGGUUUCGGACGAGACGAAUCCGUCAAGAAAAAGAGGAAGCAAAGGCGGAGUCAUCUGAGAACACACCACCAGUGACUGAACCAAAACACCAGGUACCUCCUCAGUACUGGCCAGAACCCUUGAGAUUCUCACAUAUGCAACGGCCAUACCCAGUACCAGGUCACCACUACAGAGCUCCACCAGGGUUAACAGCAAUGGCUUCAGGGACACCUUCAAUGUCAUCAACCUUGCCAUCCAAGGUACCAUCAGGCUUCUUAUAUCCAGCACUACCACCGUCAGCUGUACCAACCAUGGGACUCUUGCCUCCACCACCAACCCAGUGGUAUCCACCAUUGGGUUUUAAUACUGGUCCACCACCACAGCCUUCCAUCUCAAGUGAGGGUCAGUUACCAUCAGGUUUACCAUCAACAUCAAAUACAACACCAACUACAGGAGCACCGAAGGCACCAACUGGACCUUGGUACCCAUCACCCAACACUGGCCACCCACUGCAAGGUGUCAUCCCACCGUCCAUUCCUACACCAGCUGGUUUCCUUCAUCCCUGGUCAUCUGUAGGAUGCUAUGGAGCACAGGGUGUCACCCCUCAGCACCCAAGCGUACCACCAUUCCUCUCACAUCCAGCCGUGCCAUACUGCAAUCCUUGGUAUCCAAUGCUACCAACUCCUAACUUUCAGAACCCAGUGCAUCGACAGAUUGGAGCACGAGCCGAGACUUCAGUAAUGAAUAUAACAUCAGCCUCCUCGACAGUUAAACCAAUUUCUUCCCAAGUGACAUGCACCAGACAAGAGCCCUCUGGGGUAGAGUCUGAAGCGUCUUCCACUGCUUAAGAUGCUGCUAAAAACAGUCAAGUCCUUGGUUCUUUGAAGCUCAGGCAUGUACUAGCAUAUACAUGUACCAGCACUAACUCUACCGGUACAAUGAUUGAAAGACUCUUUUGAUCGUAGCAUACUUAUCAAGACAUUAAACUGUACAACUCAUUGACAGUCUUUUUUUUUGGUGUAAGAAAUAUCCCUGUAAAUAUUACUCCCAACUCCAUGAUGUUAUGUAAACAUACUAUCUGUUCAUUUAGAAGAGUAAAACAUGUGAUGAUUAAUAUUGUUAUUAAGUUUAUUGUGACAGAGACUAUAUGAAAUUUAUGACUUAUAGCAACGCUUUAUGCCCAAAUUUUGUUCUUCCUUACAUGAUCUUCCAUCUCAAAUUCGAUGACAACUCGGUAGUUUUGUUACAAUGACAAAAUCUCAUUGCCAUGCUUGGGGCUUGCUCCUUGCAAAUAUUUGUUGGGAAAUUAGUGCAAAGUAAAGUACGGUAUAUUAUCUUAAAAGGCACAUUAUGCAUUUUCUAAAUUUUGUGUCAUCUCUGGAUUUCUCUGUAAAUCUCUGUGAAGACCAGAAACUUUUGCAAAUACUGUAAACAACCAUCAUUUUGACGGCAUGACAUUUUCAGAAUUGCACAAAUCAGUGUAUGACAGUUGUGAUUCCAUUAUUUGGUGGCAUAAACAUUUUUACAAAUCUGAACUACAACUGUAUUUGCAAAAGUUGUGUUUAUUUAUACAUGCAAGGUUUUUUUAUAUGACAGUUUAUGAGAGGAUGUAAUAUAUUAUAAGAUUGAUUUCAACUAAAAAAAAUAACUGAAAACAACAAAAAUAUUCUAAUCAUUAUUAGUGUUUCAUUUUAUUUUACAUAACUUGUCACAUAUAUUAUCAACAGAUAGUGGGGCAUUUACAUCCAUGCAUUGUACAUUACCAGUAAGUUACAAAAUAAUAUAUAUAUGUUUAAAUAAAAGGUAUCUUCAAACAACAUUGUACAUGAAUUCACUGUGUCUAGUUUCUAUGCAAGCAAUAAGAGAUUUCAAAAUGAUCACUGAUAAGCUUACUUUUAGAUGAUCAUUUAUCAGUUUAUCUACUGUUAUUUAAUCAUUAUUUGAAUGUUUUCUUACACUUUCUCAAUUGACAAAGCUCCUCUGCAAAAUCUCUCCUUAUAAUAUCAACUUAUGAUACAUUAACUUUCAUUCAAUGUAAAUAUCACACAGUGUGUAUACAUGGCAAGCAAGAAGUACAUGUUUAAUUUACAAAUUAAAAUGACAUACAAAACACUAUUUUAGCAGUACUCUGAUAAAAUAGAUACUGUAUAAAUAAUGUUGUAGUCAUCAUCAUCAUCAUCAUCAUCAAUAUCAAUACAAUCAUCAGGCAGCUGUAGUUCUUAUAGAACUGGUGAGUUUGCAUACUUCAACAUUGAAAGAAUAAAAUAUGAAAGAAAAAAUGUCAGCAAAAAUUUCAUUUUCAUAACUCUCAUAAUUCUGUUCAGGCUGAAAUACUAAGAUCUACAUGUAUGUCCUGAAUGAAUUGUUUAUAUUUGUUUCAGUUAUCAAGUCAUCCUUGAAGAGAUAAGUACAAUCGUUCAGUAUAGCCAUGCAUAUAUUGCCAUUAUUUUGCACAUAUAGAUCUAAAAAAGAGCUUGCAAUCAAAAAACAAAUCUCCCUCUCAUCGAAGUCAGCACUAUACCCUAUAUGAAUGCCAGUUCUAAUAGUAUUUUUAGCAAUGGCUAAAACAAAUUAAAAAAUUAAUAAAUAAAAUCCUUCAAACAUUUCAA